CUGGUGGCGCUUCUCUUCCUCUGCUCAUUCUACUUCGUAAUCAAGGGUUUGGACUUGGUGUGCCUCGAGAUCGACGCUGAUUCUCCCUACUUCCUCGCUCUCGCCGUCAUCUACUCCGUCGUCCUGCUCGCCGUUCUCCUCUAUUUCAAGUUACGGCCAACGGUGAUUUUCGACAGUUCCGUUUUUGCACAUCGGUCAAAUCUGGUGUCCAAGCUGAAUUGUGCCCUCGUAGGACUGGGCAGUGUCACUUUCCUCUUCAGUGUUGUUGUCGGGACGGAGUUUGGUGUGGACGGCCAAGGGUUCAGAGGUGAGCGUUUUCUAAUACCUAAUUUCUCUAUAGCUGUUAAGUCAGUUGCUCCAUCACCGGCACCUGGAAUCUCACCUUCUGGUGGUUCCCCAACUGUGGUGCCCUUACCUGGCGGCCAAGGGAAGAGGGGAAGUCGUUUCAUUAGCAAGUGCAAGAGAACUGAGGAGGAGGCUGGAUUUGAGAUUUGUGGAAUUGAGAAGCGAGUGGAACAGCAAACCCAUGUUGUAUCAUGGGUUGAAGGCACCGAAGAUGGUCAAUAUGUGAGGCCAAUUCAGAUGGCUAGUGAGAUAAACAAUGAGGAGACUGUUGUCUCAGAUCCUCAGCCGUCGAUCGAGCGAUGUGAGGCACAGGACGGGAAGACCACUGACGUGCUCGAGAAGGGAUUAAUGGAGCACGGGUGCUCGCACUAUCGACGAAGGUGUAGCGUUAGAGCCCCUUGUUGCAAUGAGGUGUUUAGUUGUCGUCAUUGUCAUAAUGAAGCGAAGAACGACAUCAAAGUCGAUCAGAAACUGAGGCAUGACAUGCCACGGCAUGAAGUUAGACAGGUGGUGUGCUCGCUUUGUGCCACAGAGCAGGAGGUUCAACAAGUUUGCAGGAAUUGUGGUGUGUGCAUGGGGAAGUACUAUUGCGAAACCUGCAAGUUCUUUGAUGAUGAUAUAUCAAGAGGGCAAUUUCAUUGUGAUGCCUGUGGGAUAUGCAGAAUUGGAGGACGUGAAAACUUUUUCCACUGCAAAAACUGUGGCUCCUGCUACCCUAUCUCUAUUAAGAAAAGUCACACCUGUGUGGAGGGCUCAAUGCGUCAUGAUUGCCCUGUGUGCUUUGAGUACCUAUUUGAGUCUAGACGGGUUACAACUGUACUACCCUGUGGGCACACCAUUCACCAAGGCUGCUUGAGCGAGAUGCUGCAACAUAAUCAGUUGAGCAUCACUUGGCCUUAUAGAUGUUCCAAGUAUGCUUGCCCGCUAUGUUCAAAGUCGGUAUGUGACAUGUCAGCGACGUGGGAGGCACUCGAUGUUGAAAUUGCCGCUACCCCAAUGCCAGAACCAUACAGGGGCAAAAUGGUUUGUUUCAGAACUCUGUUUGGAUACUCUGCAACGAUUGCAGCAAAACCUCACAAGUACAGUUCCAUAUCGUUGGUCAUAAGUGCUCCCAUUGCAAGUCCUACAACACUCGCCAAACAAAAAACUGAAAGAAGUGAAAGCUGGCUGGUGAUAUAUCUUCCUUCCUGCAGUAAUUUCACCGGACCCGAGCCAUGAUCUCGCUAGAAGGAGAGGGAGCUCCAUUUGCAUUCCGACAGGUCUUCUGUUUGUUGUUUUUCUCUACUCUGUUGUUGACGACAAAAAGUGGUUCGUGUAUUCAUAUAGAUAUUGUUGUCUUGUCCCUACGAGGGAGGCCUCAAUGUUAUGAACUUAUGAUUGCAAAUUGUAUAUGGUUGCAAGUGUAAUGUUGUGGCAGUUGUAGUUCAUAUCUAGAUUCUAGGGUGGCUUUUUUUAGUAUA